GCUGUUGUCAAAAAGUUGUUUGGUUUUGGUGUCCGAUUGACUAUAAUAUUGCAGUAGUAAAUAUUAAUUAUUUCUUAGUAUUUAUUGUUAUAAAAGGGUGAAUUUUAAAAAAUAAUGUUAUAAAGAAGUUUUCAGUUCAAGUAUUAGAAUGUACACUCUCCUGUAUGGUCUGUGGAGAUAUUUGUUUCAAAAAGAUGAAUACUAUGUGUUAAUUCUAGGAUUAGAUAAUGCUGGUAAAACUACAUUCUUAGAACAAACUAAAACUAAGUUUUGUAAAAACUACAAAGCCUUAAAUCCAACCAAAAUUACUACCACUGUUGGUUUAAAUAUUGGGAAGAUUGAUAUGCAUGGUGUCCGUCUGAAUUUCUGGGAUCUUGGUGGCCAGGAAGAUCUUCAAGUUUUAUGGGAUAAAUAUUAUGCUGAAUGCCAUGCAGUGGUGUACAUAAUAGAUUCAUCUGACAUUGAUCGCUUGCAAGAGUCCAAAGAAGCAUUUGAUAAAAUGAUAACUAAUCCUGCACUUGUUGGUGUUCCAUUGUUAGUAGUUGCCAAUAAACAAGAUAUUCCAAAAUGUUUGAGUGUUGGAAGGAUAAAAGAAGUUUUUCGGGAAAGCAAACAUCUCAUUGGUAGAAGAGAUUGUCAUGUCCUUGGUGGUUCUGCCUUGAAUGGAGAUGGUGUUCAUGAAGGUAUUGAAUGGGUUGUUCAUUGUGUAAGAAGAAAUACAUUAAGGCCACCAAAGCGUGAUGAUUCCUAAUUUAAUAAAUUUGUCUGAAUCUGUUAAGGAACUGUUUUAUCAGUUUUAAUUAAAUAUAAUUUAUAAUUGAGAUUGUAUAUAUUCAUACUUUUUAUAUUUUAACUUGUUUUUUGUAAAAUCAUAUGUAAAUAAUGUACAGUUAUUAUGCUCUGUAACUAAUGAAGAAAUUGUGAUCAAACAUUUUUAGUAAAAUAAAUUAUAUUUAUUAACGUU